AUGGCAAGUUGUGAGGAAGAUCAUUCAGAUGGAAUUUUCUGCACAGACCGGCAUUUUGAUUGCGUCAAAUUUGAAACCCUGUCUGAGAAAGCAUUGCUUUCACUACGUCCAAAAAAGGUUACAGAUAUUCAAGGAAAACAGAAAUGUUUUAUGCUUGCCCUCAGUGUUCUCUAUCUCCUUGUGUUUGCCAUUGUCUUCGUAAUCAUCAAACUAGCAGUUCACGUGUCCGAGAUGGAAAAGAACCUGAAGAAUGACACUAAUCUAGUUAGUGAGAAUAACAUACAACAGAGCUUCAAUGGAGAUUCUCCUGGCAAAGCAAGAGAAGGAAAAGAAGAGCAGAGAAAAAUCAUCACUGAAGCGUUACAUAAAAUUGUUAAAGAGAUUUCAGAGCUGAAAACUAACCUUCACCAAAAGUCAGAGCAUAUCCAAAAUCUAAGCACAGCAACUGAACAAAAGCUCUGGGAGGCUGGCCUUCAGAUUAACACCUCAGCCUUAGCAAUGCAAGUUUUUCGGAGGCUGAUAGAAGAUGUUCAGAUCUCAUUUAGGUUUCUGAAUUUGACAUUAGCUGAUGUUCAGUCUGCUGCAGAAGACAGGAACAAUAGAUACACAGGAGAGUUCCUUAAACAGCAAGAGGCUAUCACAAACCUGUGGGAUCAUUGGUACAACACAUCAGCAACCAUUGUUACCAUAAAACAACAACAAAGCAAUCUGGAGCAGGACAUUAAAGGGAAAAAGGGGGAGAAAGGAAAUAAAGGAGGAAGUAGCAGCACUAUUGCAAUAUCUCCAGCUUCCAGGAUUCAACUUGUAGGAGGACAGGUUCCUAAUGAAGGUAGAGUGGAGAUUUUUCAUGCUGGAGAAUGGGGUACUAUCUGUGAUGACCACUGGGAUAUUCAUGAUGGAGCAGUGGUCUGUAAGAGUCUGGGGUAUGCAGCAGCAUCUGGAAUUCACAGUGGCGCCUAUUUUGGACAAGGUACUGGUCGAAUAUGGAUGGAUGAGGUUCUCUGUUUUGGCUAUGAAACCUCUGUUGAAAAUUGUAUGUUUAAAGGCUGGGGUGUGACAGAUUGUAAACAUAAUGAAGAUGCUGGUGUCACUUGUAAAGUUUAA